AAAUUCAUGACAUUUCAUCUAAGAUUACUUUGGAAAUUAGUGUUACAUGCAUAUAGAGAAGAUGUUGCUAUAUUUUUGAAUGUGGAAUUUAAAAGACGGUUUCUGAACGACAUAAAUUAGAAUGAACAUGUCCCUUCGAGGACAUCCGAUAAAAAAAAAUUAGAAUGAACGAGUCAUAUUUUAUCACAUAUUAGAAUGCGUGAUACUAGAACAUAAUUUAGUGCGGUGAACGUUAUCAUCACAAGGACAUAAAAGUCUCAUGCAAAAACUGAGAGUAUAACACGUCGACGCGGUGAAGCAAGCGACGACGUGUGGAAGAAGGGGACUGAGAGAUUCAGGUUUGGAGAUGAUCGUGAUCGGAGAAGAGACCAGAUCCUUUGAAGACCGUGACAUCCCAAGUCACGUGGUCCUCUUUUUUUCUACAUUCUCUAUCGCUCUCCCUCCACUUUGUCUGCAGAUUGAACUUGUCAUUAUUAUUGCUUACUUUUUAAUUGUUAACAAUCUCUUUUUAUUAAUUAAUUAUAACACUGUAGUUUGCUUAGCAGUGUUAAACAAUUUCGUCCGUACUAAAAGUAUUGUUUUAGAGUGAAAUAUAUCUAAACAACACUGAAAAUAUUGUGUGAUUUUUUAUUUCUAAUUUUCUUCUGGUCCAAAAGUAAUUAUCUUUGAACUUCAGUUAUUAUCAUCUGCUUGCUGACUUAAUAAUAGCAUAUUUGUAUAUACAUUUUUAAGAAAUCAGUGUUAGUGGGAAAACAAUAUCGUUAAUGAAACAAAAUGAAUACGGAACGGUGAAAAGAUAUCAUAAUUGUUUUCGCUACGUUCAAUGAUGUACAGUUUUAUAGAUUAAGUUAUUUUUUGUAUACAUUCUAACAAAUCACGUAGGAAUGCAAUAAAAUUGUACUAUAAGUAUUCAAAUAUAAAUUGACUUAAAUAAACGGAAUAAUAAUAAUAGAACAGGUAAAUCAAAAUCAAUUACUAAUCGAAAAAAGCUCACUAUUCUUAAAUUAUUAGAGUUAUUAUUUGGAAUACUAUCCAGAAAAUUGUAAUCCCAUGGAAAUAUAUAACGUAUGUAACAUCAACAAAAGUCUUUUAUUAGAACUGAACCAAGGACCCAACACAUAUUUAAAUAUUUUUUGUAACAUCUUUUUUAGACAAAUUAAAGGAGCAUAUAUAUAUACUCAUCUAAAUUAAUCUAAAGAACAAGAAAGAAAACAAUAUGGAUUGAGUAAUACAUUACAUACAUAACACCGGGACCAAAUUUUGGUCUUUUUGUCGAGUACUUACGUACCAAAGUUCUAUAAAUACUCACUCCUGUUUCCACUUCACAACAGCAACGUGGACUCCUUUGUAUUUUAGCUGACUACUCUUUCACCGUUUCCUUAUAAUCACCACACGAAACACACACACACCUCCUUUUCAUCUCUCGAAACACGAUUUUCCUUAAAAUCAUUUACCUACGUAUAGUGAUGGGUUUGUCAAUGUUCUCCUCUGAAAAUGAUGUCGUCCAUCAUCACUCCUCGCCUUAUGCUUCUGUUGACUGCACUCUCUCCCUUGGAACUCCCUCUACUCGCCUCUUCAACGACGACGAUGACCGUAGAUUCUCUACUCAUACUUCGAACAAUAUCUCCAACGCCUUAGGCUCAUGGGACUUCUUGCACGGUGGCAAGAAAGCCGGUGGAGGCGGCGGAAACAACUUAGUCGCUCGCCACUGCGCUAGUUGUGAUACCACUUCUACUCCUCUUUGGAGAAACGGUCCAAGAGGUCCCAAGUCACUGUGCAAUGCGUGUGGAAUCCGAUUCAAGAAGGAAGAAAGACGUGCGUCGGCAGCCGGAAACUCUACUUCCGGUGGAGGACUAACGGCUUUUGGUAUUCCGGCAUCGGAUCAUCACGGAGGUGCAGAUUACUAUUAUAAUAACAACAGUAAUAAUAAUCAUUAUUAUGCAUCAUCGUCGCCUUGGACUCACCACCAACAGCAAAAUACGCAAAGAGUUCCUUAUUACUCGCCGGCGAACAACAACGAAUAUUCUUUCGUUGAUGACGUCAGAGAGAGACAUGAUAUCACGACCGAUCCCUUCUUGUCUUGGAGGCUUAACGUUGCCGACCGGACCAGACUUGUCCAUGAUUGUACGAUGUGAUGAGUUAUGACCGUUUCAUAUCUUUUCCCCAUAAGAGUUUUGGCCUUGGAUACCUUUUAGCCAAAACAAAAAAAAGGAGAAAGUCUUAAAUUUUAAUUUUAUUUUCUUUACAUAUAUAUUUAAUUUUAUAGUCUUUGUGUAAGUUUUUUUUAAAAUUAAAUUUCGUAUGAAGCUACUUGUGUUUUCUUUUCAUGACUUUUUGAAUAUUCUCUCGGGUAAUCAACUAAUGAUACGUAUACUCAGGUACUUUUUAACCUUUU